UUUUGGAAACCAUAGAGGAGGCGUGCUCCGGAGCCGGCCUCGCCCGUUGACCUCAGAAGCACUUCCGGGGCACGGAAGUGACCCAGUCGCCCCGCCUCUUCCCGCCCUCUCUUUCCGGUGGCGGAGUCUGGCAGCGGCCGCGCGCAGAAAUGGCACCUCGCAAGGGGAAGGAAAAGAAGGAAGAACAGGUCAUCAGCCUUGGACCUCAGGUGGCUGAAGGCGAGAAUGUGUUUGGUGUCUGCCACAUCUUUGCAUCCUUCAAUGACACCUUUGUCCAUGUCACCGACCUUUCUGGCAAAGAAACCAUCUGCCGGGUAACUGGUGGGAUGAAGGUGAAGGCGGAUCGAGAUGAAUCCUCUCCAUACGCUGCCAUGUUGGCUGCUCAGGAUGUGGCCCAGAGGUGCAAGGAGUUGGGCAUCACUGCCCUCCACAUCAAACUUCGGGCCACUGGUGGAAACAGGACCAAGACCCCUGGUCCUGGGGCCCAGUCAGCUCUCAGGGCCCUUGCUCGCUCGGGCAUGAAGAUUGGGAGGAUUGAGGACGUCACCCCCAUCCCCUCCGACAGCACCCGCAGGAAGGGAGGUCGCCGUGGUCGCCGUCUGUGAACUGGACUCCUCGAGUUAUUUUCUGUUAAUAAAUUGCCUUCCUGUGAGCU